GGCCUGUCUGGAAGGCCACAUGGCGGGAGUUGCAAAUGUUCGCGAGCUUACAAUUGCACUGUCCUUAACGUUUCUUCUUCAUUGCGGUGAACUGUAUUCAAGCGCAAUGAAUCACAUCAGAAACAUAAAGGAAAAGCUGAGCAUACCAACUGGAAGCAGCAACAGAAAUGUGUCAACCAGCGGCUACUCCAGCUUCACAGACUCUCAGCUUUUCUCCGGGUCUCAAUUUUGGCUUGAAAAUUCUCAAAGCAUGUCUCAAGAAAUGAGUGUGUCGUCCAGGAACUCCCAACAUAGUUCACAGGAGGGAAGUGACCCAAAGUUUAUAAGCAGUUAUCACACCAAACCUUUCUUGUUCGGAGAUUUGAAGGACAAGAGCAAAGCUUUUGGAAUACUGGAUACAUUUGAAGAGGACAAGAAAAGAGCAAAAGAAAAAACUGACAGUGAUACUUUAGCCAAAGAAUAUAAACACUUUGGAGAAACUCUCAACAAUAUCCAACAACUGGUUGCUGGCACUGAGAAAAAUACUUCUGUGUGCCAAACGGUCCUUCAAAAAUUUGACAACUUUUCGUCAACAUUGCAAACUAAUAUCAACAGUCUUCAGAUUGAGAUUUCCCAGCAGUUUGCUGCUUUACUGAAUAAAGUGAACUCCCAGAAAGAGCUACUGACUGAACUGGAAGACAAGGUGCAAAAGACAGGCGACACCACGGUGGCAUUUGGUUCAAAUCUGCAAAGCUUAAAGGAUGGUAUGGGUUGUCUGAGAGAGGAGCGUGAGGGAGAGCGAAACAUUCUGGAAGAGGCUCUGAAGCUGCUCAGCACCUUAGUCUCAGAGCACUCAGCCAAACCCAGCUCUGAGAGGGUGACGGACAGUGCCAUCCAGACGUCACCAGAGCUGGAACGGUCUUUCUCCAACAUCCUGCAGGAGAACAAGCUUGAAGGCACCCAGCUAAUAUGCAAGUCAUACAACCUUGAGCACAGUCAGGCUGAAGUGCCCCCUCAGGGUCCCAGCCGCAUCGUAGGAAAGAGGAAAGUCACUCCGAGAGGCCAGAGGAGGCGCAGAAAGAGGCCGCUUGUGCUCUCACAGAGGAGUAAGGGCACCGUCACGAAUGAAAACAAUCAACCUCUCAUGAACUGGGAAAAAGGAGAAAAUGUUACAACUCGAUGUGAGAGUCGUGAUGCGAACAUGGUACCCAGACAGGACCAAGACAGGACCAUCUUGACCCGGAAUAGAAUACUGUCAAACAGGAAAUUGAGAUCCAUAGCUAAAGGGUGUUACAUCACCCCUCUCAGCUGCUGGUCUCAAGGGAGUAGCAGCUCGUUGUGCGUUGCAGGAAUCGAACCCAUCUUAGAGAGAGUGUGUGAGUCCAAAUCAGUGACCCCAGAGAAACCCGAAGGCCUCUGGCAGCUAUUUGAUACAGAUGGGUGUUUUGAUUCAGGCUUUUAGAGGAUGGGUAAAGGAUUAAGAAGCGGAGCAUUGGUGUUAUUUUCAGAGUAAAAGCCUGAGCUGUUUGUUCUAAUAAUCCUGACUUCAGACUUAUUAUACUAGUUGUAGAGUUUCUUAGUUUGUAGAAAAGGAACACAUUGAUAUGUUUUAUGGUCAAGAAGCUGUAGAGGGAUGUAAAAAGGAGGAUAAGUAAGUUUAGAAAAGGCUAUUCUACAAAUACACCUUUAAACCUCUUUCUGCUGAGAUAAUAUUUAUUUUAUUUAUAACUAAUUUAUUCUGUACUUAUACUUCUGAAUUGACAAUGUAAAUAAACAAACAACCUACUAUAUUUAAAUAAACAAAUGU